AUCAGCUUUGGAGGGAUUCCUGGACUUGGAAAAUCAGUGGUGUUCCCACAUAAAAGCUUCAAUGGGUGUUUUGAAAAUCUCUUUUAUAAUGGAGUGGAUAUCAUUGAUUUGUCUAAGAAACACAAACCAGAGAUACUCAUCAUGGGAAAUGUGUCCUUCUGUUCACAUCCUCAAACUGUCCCUGUGACUUUUCUGAGCUCAAGGAGUUAUUUGGCUCUGCCACACCCCACUGGAGGGAACUCAAUAGCUGUCACUUUCCAAUUUCGAACAUGGAACCGAGCAGGGCUAUUGCUGAAAAGUCAGAUUCUACACUGGUCAGGGGCUCUUGUCCUUGUUCUUAGUGAUGGAAAACUCAAGCUGAGCCUCUGCCCACCUGGCCAGCCAGUGAGAGCCGUCAUAGCAGGUGAUGGAUUAAAUGAUGGUCAGUGGCAUUCUGUGUCCUUGUCUGCUAAUGGGAAUCAUUUGAGCCUGAAGGUGGACAAUGAUGUAUCCUCUGCUGCCCAUUCCCUGCGUGGGCAGAUUCAUUCUGCUAAUAACUAUUAUUGGGGAGGAUGCUAUCCUGACAACAGCUCUGGCUCUCAAUGUGAAAAUCCCCUGGGAGGGUUUCAGGGCUGCCUGAAGCUUAUCUCCAUUGGCAGCACAGUGGUGGAUUCCAUCUCAAUACAGCAGGGGGCGCUGGGAAACUUCAGCGACCUUCAGAUAGACUCCUGUGGCAUCACAGACAGGUGUUUGCCCAGCUAUUGUGAACACGGGGGUGAAUGUUCCCAGUCCUGGGACACCUUCUCCUGCGACUGCACUCACACUGGCUAUGUGGGAGCCACCUGCCAUUCCUCUCUGUAUGAGUGAUCAUGUGAAGCUUACAAGCACAGAGGAAACUCUUCAGGCUUCUACUUCAUAGACUCAGAUGGAAGUGGCCCUCUGGGACCAGCUCUUGUGUACUGGAACAUGACAGACUCUGCAUGGACUUCAGUGCAGCACAAUGGCUCCCACCUGGCCAGAGUCAAAAGCUCUCAUGGAGAAAGCCCACAGCCUGUGAUUUUCAAGUACAUGGCCAGCAUGGACCAACUCCAGGCCCUAAUUGACCAGGCGGACCACUGCCAACAGGAGCUAGCUUUCCACUGCAGGAAGUCAAGGCUUUCAGCUCACCUUGAUGGAACCCCAGUGAGCUGGUGGGUUGGAAGAACCAAUGAAACACACACUUACUGUGGAGGUUCUCUGCCUGAUGCUCAAAAGUGUACUUGUGGAUUAGAGGGGAACUGCAUUGAUUCUCAAUAUCACUGCAACUGUGAUGCUGACCAGGAUGAAUGGACCAGUGACACAGGAGUCCUUUCCCAUAAGGAGCACCUGCCAGUCACUCAGGUUAUGAUGACAGAUGCAGGCCGGCCACACUCUGAAGCAGCUUAUACCCUGGGGCCUCUGCUCUGCCGAGGGGACAAUUCAUUUUGGAAUUCAGCUUCAUUCAAUACUGAGACUUCGUAUCUUCAUUUCCCUACAUUCCAUGGAGAGCUCAGUGCUGAUGUGUCUUUCUUUUUUAAGACAACAGCUUCUUCUGGGGUGUUUGUAGAGAACCUGGGUAUCACAGACUUUAUCAGACUAGAACUGCACGCUCCCACAGAAGUGACCUUUUCCUUUGAUGUGGGGAAUGGUCCUUGUGAAGUCACAGUACAGUCACCCACUCCCUUUAAUGACAACCGAUGGCAUCACGUGAAGGCAGAAAGAAAUGUUAAAGAAGCAUCUCUCCAAGUGGAUCAGCUCCCUCAAAAGUUUCAACCUGCCCCCACUGGUGGGCACCUCCUCUUGCAGCUCAACAGCCAGCUCUUCAUUGGUGGAACGGCCAGCAGGCAGAGGGGCUUUCUGGGGUGCAUUCGGUUUCUGCAGUUGAACGGGAUGGCUCUGGACCUGGAGGGAAGAGCCAAGGUGACUCCAGGAGUGGAGGCAGGGUGUGCAGGACACUGCAGCAGCUAUGCACACUUGUGUCACAAUGGGGGCAUAUGUCAAGAACAGCACAGAGGAGUGGCUUGCGACUGUACAUCCUCUGCCUAUGAGGGCCCAUUCUGCUCACAUGAGAUUUCUGCCUAUUUUGGAGCUGGUUCCUCCAUAAUCUACAGUUUUCAAGAGCAUCACAAUUACACCUUCAAUGGGAACUCCAGCUCCUUAGCAGCUUUAUUUCAUGAGGAGCUAACACUAACCAGGGAAAUAGUCACCUUGAGCUUCCGAACCACGGGGACUCCCAGCCUGCUGCUGUUUGUAGGCUCUGUCUAUGAGGAGUACCUUUCAGUUAUCCUUGCCUCCAAUGGAAGUUUGCAGAUCAGGUAUAAGCUAGACAGACACAGAGAGCCAGAUGUUUUUAACUUUGAUUUUAAAAACCUGGCUGAUGGGCAACUUCACAAUGUGAAGAUUAACAGAGAAGCUGCAGUGGUCUUUGUAGAGGUUAACCAGAAUGCAAGGAGAAGAGCCACUCUGUCAUCAGGGAUGGAAUUCAAUGCUGUCAUAUCUCUUGUGUUGGGGAUGAUUUUAG